GGCGACGUUCCGCCUUUCGCUUUUCACACAAAACUUCUGUUUCCCGAAAAUCUUUUGCAUAUAAACCGGGACUGGACGGCACUUCUUGCAUUAACAAAUUUGGGUCUUCUUUUCUUUACUUCAACAAAUACGUAUAAAAUCACGCGCACGGGAUUACCACAUCCAUUACUAUCUUUACUAUUUCUUUUAACAUUCUUAGGAAAUGUAUUUAACAACUUCGGAUCAAAUAUUGAUAGGCUCACUGGCUGCUUCAUGCAUCACAUUUUUGAUUUCUCUCUCAGUUAUUGCUCUUAUUCUUCGAGAUGUCACUUCACUUUUUGGAGAGUUAGAAGUGGAAAUGUCCAGUUUAAAGUAUGACACAAAUUCCGCAUGGUCCGAUAUGUUACAUUUUCGCUCUGAAAUUACACAAAUUGAUCGAAUUCGAAGAGAUAUUAUGCAGCAAAAGGCAGAUUAUAGUGGAUAUCAAGCACAAGUGAUAGUUUCAGAUUUUGCAAACGAUGGAUCUGGAGAGUUUCCAGACGAAACACUUGAACUUCAGAGAACCGAGCCAAUGAUGCCAAGUUUCGGCCCAAUUUGCUCAUGUUUUACGCUACAAUCAUGCCCCUCUGGACCUGCUGGUCCACUUGGUGACCAGGGAAUUGAUGGAAUUGAUGGAAUUGAUGGUGUAGAUGGAUAUGAUGGAUUUGAUGCUUAUCCAAGUCCUCCAGCAAAACACUCAAAGGCUCCAUUCACUUGUCCCCGUGGUCCACCAGGAGACAUAGGAUCAGAUGGUCCACGUGGUAAAAGAGGUCUUCGUGGACCACGGGGUCGCCCUGGUAGACCAGGAAUUAAUGGAAAUCCAGGAUUCCCAGGAGAUAUGGGUGCACCUGGUCAACCAGGAGUAGAUGGAAUAGUUGGUGAACGAGGUGUUAAUGGUAUUGAUGGAGUGACAUAUAUUCCACGGCAAGGUGUGAAAGGGGCAAUGGGGCAACCAGGAAAUGAGGGUCAACCUGGAAAGAAAGGAAGGCCUGGUCUACCAGGAACUGAAGGAAUCAGAGGAUACGAAGGAAUGAGUGGAUUAAGAGGAAUUGAAGGUGUUGGCGGGCCACCAGGACCACCUGGACCACAAGGAACAAUAGGAGGAGAUGCGGCGUAUUGUCAAUGUCCAAACCGUGGUGACAAUAAAGUAGAGGAACUCGUCGGUCGCGGCUCUGGAGAGUCUCCGUUGUUUCGUUGAUCUUUAUUUGUAGUGUGCUUUGAUCUAAUAAACUUAACUAAUGAAUUGGUUGACCUAUUUCAACAUCACGUGGCCAUGUGACUUAUCUUCUUUCUUUCGAAUAAAAAAUUCAAAAUGUUUCAGCU